AUGUCCGCUCCCGCCGCUCCCGCCGCUCCCGCCGCUCCCGCCGCGCCCGCCGCGCCCGGCGGCGCCCCCGCCCCGGGGAGCAACCUCAGCGCGACGUCGCUCUACUGCGGCGACCUCGACCCGUCGUGCACGGAAGCGCAGCUCUACGAGCUCUUCAGCACCAUCGGUCCGGUCGUGAGCAUCCGCGUCUGCCGCGACCUCAUCACGCGUCGGUCGUUGGGGUACGCGUACGUGAACUUCCAGCAGGGGAACGACGCCGCGAGGGCGAUCGACGCGCUGAACUUCCAGGUCGUGAACGGGAAGCCCAUCCGCAUCAUGUACUCCCAGCGCGAUCCCGCGUUGCGGAAAUCCGGCGUCGGGAACAUCUUCAUCAAGAACCUCGACAAGGAGAUCGAUAACAAGGCGCUGUACGACACCUUCGCGCAGUUUGGCAACAUCGUCAGCGCGAAGGUCGCGACGGACCUUCAGGGUCAGUCCAAGGGCUACGGCUUCGUGCAGUUCGACACCGAAGAGGGCGCGCAGUCCGCCAUCGAGAAGGUGAACGGGAUGCUCUUGAACGACAAGCAGGUGUACGUCGGCCCGUUCCAGAAGCGCAACGAGCGCGGCGGCGGCCCGACGACGUUCAACAACGUGUACGUGAAGAACCUUCACGAGUCCGUCACCGAGGAGAAGCUUCGCGAGGUGUUCGAGAAGUUCGGCGCGCUGACGUCCGUCGUCGUGAUGAAAGACGCGGAAGGCAAGAGCAAGGGCUUCGGAUUCGUGUGCUACGAAGACGCCGAGGCUGCGGGGAAAUCCGUCGAGGAGCUCGACGGAUACGACAAGAUCGAGGACAAGGCGUGGGUCGUCUGCCGCGCGCAGAAGAAGUCCGAGCGCGAGGCUGAGCUCAAGGCGAAGUUCGACGCGGAGCGCCGCGAGCGCAUGGAGAAGAUGGCCGGCGCGAACCUCUACAUCAAGAAUCUCGAGGACACCGUCGACGACGCGAAGCUCCGAGAGCUGUUCGCGGAGUUCGGGACGAUCACGUCCUGCCGCGUCAUGCGCGACACCGCGGGGGCGAGCCGCGGCUCCGCGUUCGUCGCGUUCUCUUCCGCGGAUGAGGCGACGCGUGCGGUGACGGAGAUGAACGGCAAGAUGGCGGGUCAGAAGCCGCUGUACGUCGCGCUCGCGCAGCGCAAGGAGGACCGCCGUCUGCGUCUGCAGGCGCAGUUCGCGCAGAGGCAGGUCGCCGCGGGCGGCAUGCCGAACAUGGGCCCGUACGGCAUGCCCCCUCCAGGCGCGCCGAUGUACUACGGGCAGCCGCCGCCCGGGGUGAUGGGCCCGCCGCAGCCGCAGCCCGGGUACGGGUUCCAGCCCGGGAUGCCCCCCGGGGUUCCCGGGCGCCCGAUGGGCCCGGGCGGACCGAACAUGCAGUACGUCAUGCCGAUGCCGCAGCGCGGCCCCCCCGGCCAGCGCGGCCGCGGCGGACGCGGCGGCCCCGGCGGCGGCCGCGGCGGCAGAGGCCAGCAGGGCAUGCGCUUCCCGAACCAGGGCCGCGAGAUGCCGCCGGCGCCGCUUCCGCCCGGCGAGCCCCAGGACCCGGUGUCUCUGCUCGCGGCGCAGCUCCCGACGGCGACGCCGGACCAGCAGAGGAUGCUCCUCGGCGAGGCGCUCUAUCCGCUCGUGGACGCGGUCGAGCCGGCUUCCUCCGCGAAGAUCACCGGCAUGCUUCUCGAGAUGGACCACUCCGAGGUGCUUCACCUCAUCGAGUCCCCGGAGGCUCUCCGCGCGAAGGUGCAGGAGGCGCUCGCGGUGCUCAAGGCUGCGGCCGCGGAGGAGGGCAACUAA